AUGGCCGUAUUUGUGUCUGGCUUAUGGCCAUCAGCCAUUCAUGGAUUGGCUUCUGCAUUUUUACUGUUUGUGCAUCGCUCAAUAUUCUGGAACAUCAAUGUCCUGUUUGAUGGACCCCUGUGGAUUACUUUUGUGGAGUGUGUGUUUACAGUCAUCGUGUGUUUCAUCCGCUUAAGAUCAAGUCACUUCUCUAUUAUUCAGUGUUUAAAACAGGGCAUAUCUGCCGGCGUCAAAGAACACUCUCUGGUUUUCAUUUAUUGCCAUCGAAAGUCGAGUGCUAGUGUGGUCGCCCUCUUGGGAGCUCUCCUGGUUGUCGUUGGCUACGUCGUCACGUUGAUUGAGGAGAAUCUGACGAAUUUGCUGAUCGCCGAAGGACUGGUUUUUGGUAUUUUCGCCGCUUUGUUUGCUGUUAUGUACUACCAAGAGGCAAGCCGUCUUGCGCCUGGAGCCAACUACGAAGUCCAUUUGAAGCAGGUCUAUUUGAAUAACGUUGUGUGCAGCUUUCUCACUUUUGUGGCCAUCAUCUUCACCGAGACCUCUGAGAUCAUGUUCCUUCCAUUUUCCCCUUACCUCGAAACCUUGGUCUUCUGGUUGCUGGUUUCAUUGAGCUGCAUCGCCUCGUCAAUUGUCGGUACGGUUGUCCUACGCGAGGUCACGACAUAUUCGACAUCACGACGGGAGUUGAUUGGCCUGGCCCGGUCCCUACUUCAGACCAUCCUAUCAGUGAUUAUAUUCCGUGUCUACACGACGGCCUUCUGGUGGGUGGGUGUGCUGCUCACAGCCACAGGAACGGCCAUCUAUUGGAAAGCCCACAUGACCAAUGUCACCGAGACAAGCACACCAACAGACGCGAGCACAAAGGACAGUCUGCCGCUGGUCGCCAACUUGGUCGACUGA